ACACACCUUUCCCAAAAUUCAAUUUGCAUCAUCAUCAACCUCAAUAGUUAUAACUAAUGCCUGCAAAAACCCACAAUUAACUUUACUUGUCAAACUCGACCAUUUUUAUUUUGUCAUCACUACCAAAAAUAGCUAUCCUUUUCACUGCCAGAACCCACCUUUACUACCCCAUCUCCUCCUUCCCUUUAUUUAAAUAUCCAAAAGCUUCAAAAACCUUUUUCUUUCCAUCUCAAACCGUGAUGGGUGCGUCUGAAUCAGUUCCUCAGAAAUCAAUCCAUGAAUUCACUGUCAAGAAUAGCAAAGGCCAGGACGUGGACCUUAGCACGUACAAAGGAAAGGUUCUCCUUGUGGUUAAUGUUGCUUCUAAAUGUGGGUUUACGGAUUCAAAUUACACCCAGUUGACUGAGCUUUACAACAAAUACAAGGACAAAGGGUUGGAGAUCUUGGCAUUUCCUUGCAAUCAGUUUUUGAAGCAAGAACCAGGUACCAGCCAAGAGGCAGAAGAGUUUGCUUGCAAAAGAUACAAGGCUGAAUAUCCUAUUUUCAAAAAGGUUCGUUGCAACGGGCCGAAUACAGAACCUGUCUUCAAGUUCUUAAAAGCAAAGAAAUCUGGUUUCUUGGGAUCUAGGAUAAAGUGGAACUUCACUAAGUUUUUAGUUGAUAAGGAUGGUAACGUCCUCUCUCGCUAUAGCCCAACCACCACACCACUGGCCAUAGAGGGUGACAUCAAGAAAGCAUUGGGAGUGGAUACGUGAAAAUAUAGGAGGUGGAGGGAAAAUGGAAACUAGAAACAAUGUAAAUAGGAUGAAAGUGGUAGACGUGGCCCAUAAUAAUGUGUACCACUGUGAGACCUCAUGCGUAAUGAUAAUUGCUGCUCGAGUUUGUAAAAAGUAGUAGUUUUACCACUGUGAUAGUUUCUUUGCUGCAUUUAAGCCUAUUAAUUUCCUCUUUGGAAUUUCAUUGUUGUUACUUAAAAACUGUUUCAGAAUUCAGACCAUUGUUACUUAGGUUUUAUGAUUGUAUGUGUUAAUUAUUUUAA